AUGUUAAAAAUUCUAAUCCCCACCCUAAUAUUAAUCCCCACAACCUGGUUAACACCCUCUAAAUGGCUAUGGCCCACAGCACUACUACACAGCCUUAUAAUUGCUUUAUUUAGUCUUCAAUGAAUAAAGUGACCUUCCGAAACAGGCUGAGCCGCUCUAAACACUACCAUAGGUACAGACCCGCUAUCCACCCCCUUGUUAAUCCUCUCAUGCUGACUCCUCCCCCUAAUGAUCCUGGCAAGCCAAAACCACACAACCAAGGACCCUGUUAACCGACAACGGACAUAUGUCAUACUACUUACUUUACUUCAAGUUUUCCUAAUCUUAGCAUUUAGUGCAACAGAACUUAUCCUAUUUUAUGUGAUAUUUGAAGCCACCCUUAUCCCCACACUCCUAAUCAUCACUCGAUGGGGCAACCAGGCGGAGCGAUUAAAUGCAGGCACUUAUUUCCUGUUCUAUACACUUGCAGGCUCACUCCCUUUGUUAGUGGCCUUGCUGUUACUCCAAAACAGCACCGGAACCCUUUCACUCCUAACUAUCCAAUACUCAAACCCCCUUAGCCUGUUGUUAUAUGCUGACAAGUUGUGGUGAGCAGGAUGUCUAUUAGCCUUUCUUGUCAAGAUGCCUCUCUAUGGGGUACAUCUUUGACUCCCAAAAGCCCACGUAGAAGCACCAAUUGCCGGCUCUAUGGUUCUAGCUGCAGUCUUACUCAAACUAGGCGGCUACGGAAUAAUGCGAUUGAUAGCCACCCUUGAACCCCUUACCAAAGAAUUAAGCUAUCCUUUCUUGAUUCUUGCCUUAUGAGGCAUCAUCAUAACAGGCUCAAUCUGUUUACGACAAACAGACCUAAAGUCCUUAAUCGCCUACUCUUCAGUAAGCCACAUGGGCUUAGUCGCUGCCGGCAUUCUUAUUCAAACCCCCUGAGGCUUUACAGGUGCACUAAUCUUAAUAAUUGCCCACGGGCUCACGUCCUCAGCAUUAUUCUGCCUAGCUAACACAAGCUACGAACGAACCCAUAGCCGUACAAUAAUUCUUGCUCGAGGAAUACAAAUACUCCUACCCCUUAUAGCAGCCUGGUGGUUCAUUGCCAGCCUAGCAAAUCUUGCUCUUCCACCCCUGCCUAACCUUAUAGGAGAAUUGUUCAUUAUCACCUCAACAUUCAACUGGUCCCCUUGAACCCUUUUAUUAACAGGACUAGGUACCCUUAUCACAGCCGGGUACUCUCUGUACUUGUUCCUAAUAACCCAACGAGGCCCACUAACAAACCACCUAGUCUCACUAGAGCCCUCCCAUUCACGAGAACAUCUUCUUAUGGCCCUUCACCUCUUACCACUGCUUCUCCUCGUCCUUAAGCCUGAACUAAUCUGAGGUUGAACCUUCU